UUUUUUGGACUUUGACACCAAGUCUUUAAUAAAUAAAUAUUGAACUUUGACAAUCCAAUCAACGACUAACUAAAAGUGUUCCAUUCCGACGUGUAUACAUUUCAUUAAAAACCCUUUCAUGUUACAUAAGUGUCCUGUUCCUGUUACAUAAUAUAAUCAAAACAAUAAAACAAUGGCAGAGAAUAAAGUUAGUUCAGUGAAAUAUUUUUUUGCCGGAGGUUUUGGAGGUGUAUGCACGGUGGUUGUCGGACAUCCAAUGGAUACCGUAAAAGUUAGAUUACAAACAAUGCCGCAGCCCCUACCCGGACAACCACCUUUAUAUCGAGGCACAUUUGAUUGUUUACAAAAGACAGUCCGUCAUGAAGGGUUCCGGGGAUUGUACAAAGGUAUGGGUGCCCCAUUAACCGGUGUUUCGCCAAUGUUUGCCCUAUCAUUCUUCGGUUACGCUGUUGGUAAGAAAUUGCAACAAAAACAUGAUGAAGAACGUCUCACAUUAGUACAAUUAUUUGCGGCCGGUGCAUUUUCUGGUAUAUUCACAACGUUACUGAGUGCGCCAGGUGAACGCAUCAAAUGUUUGUUACAAGUUCAACAUGCUGGUGGACCCAAAUUGUACGAUGGACCCAUGGAUGUUAUCAAGAAAUUGUAUAAAUCUGGUGGUAUUCCUUCAAUAUUCCGUGGAUUCUGCGCAACGUUACUUCGAGAUGUACCUGCAAGUGGAGGCUAUUUUAUGGCUUACGAAGGCUUAAAACGAGCUAUGGCCAAAGAUGGUGAAACACUUAGUCUAUCUAAAACAAUGUUUGCUGGUGGUGUAGCUGGUAUACUUAAUUGGGUCAUUGCAUUGCCUGUAGAUGUUCUAAAAAGUCAAUAUCAAACAGCUCCUGAAGGAAAAUUUAAAAACGGUAUACGAAGUGUCUUCCCACACAUGAUGAAAACGGAAGGUGUUCGAGGUCUAUACCGAGGAGCUACACCAAUCUUUUUAAGAGCAAUCCCAGCAAAUGCCGCAUGUUUCUUAGGCUAUGAAUUUGCAAUGAAAACAAUGGAUUACGGUGAAGCACUUUUGUUAGGUUAAAAAUAGCGAACAAAUUGUAAAUUACAUAAUUAUCCCAUUUCAACCCAUAAUUUCCCUUGAAUAUCUAGUCCUAACAAAAAAAUUACUGUGAAGUAUUAAUAAUUUGAGCUUAAAAGCUUGGAUUUUAUAUACAUGUUGAUGGAUCAAAACUGUUACGAUUGGUUAAUUUUACACGUAGAGACUACAGAAUGGAUCUUAUCCCAGAUCAAUUUCAUCUAUUUGACCCAAGUCACAGCACUGUAAAUUAAAAACAAUUUAUAGGUUUGUUUGUGACCUCUUUGACACUUCUAAAUAUUUAACCUGUGUAGUUAAUAACCCAAAAUUUGGCGACGUUUCAAGAACGACCCAAAUUAAUCCUUAACCCUUCAGACUGACCGUCUUUUGACCACAAUCAUUAAUCUUGUGAGGAAAGAAGAAAAUCUCAUGCUACAAGCGCUAAGAACGUAAGAAAUUUUGUCUACAUGUGAAAAUACAUUAAUUCAUAUGAAAGAAUAGUAUAUUAAAUUUACGUUCCAUUCUGUAGUCUCUUCCAGUUACAAAUUUUAUUAAAGUUAUUUUUUUAUUUAAAGUUUUUUAUACUGAUACUGAUUAUUGUCUGCCAAUUUUUGCAUCACAUUUUUCAAUUUGUUCAAAAGAAAAAUCGGGUGGGGCAAGGGGCUGUAUACUGAUAAGAAAAACCGAUAAUUAUUCAGGGUAAUUUAAGAAUCUAAGUAAUGCUCCCGUCAAAUUAGAUGAACCUAUGCCCAGUUUUCCCCGAAAAUUUCACCUAAUUUGAUGGGACGUAAAAAUAUAGGGUGAGGUUUUUUUAUAGCCACUCUGACCACAUUUUCAUGAUAUAAUUGAAAAAUGUAUUUUUCUCAUUCUCAUUUAUCAAACAGUAUUUUGGGGGGGUAUUCUUAAUAAUUUUUAAAAAAAAUUUGAACAUUUAACAUUUCAAAAUAAAAUAUUAAAAAUGUUUUUAAUAUUCAAUUUCUCACAUAGAUGGCAACACGAUACCUAAUCUACAUACAUGAUUGGUUUGUGUCCAUGGUUUAAGAAUACGUAUCCAUAAAAUUAUAAAACCGUAAAAUGUGCCUUA